AAAAAAAUGAAAACGUAGUGAUUAUCCUAAUAAAUUUUCGCUCUCAUCCCUUCUUCUCCUCCCUUUGUUACGGAGAUUUAUCCUCUUUCUUCUUAUCUUGAUUGAACCAUGCUAAAGUAUAACCAAAUAACAAGAACAACAGGCAAUAACCUCAUAGGCAUAUGGAGACCUGCUUUCAUUGAGCACAAUCAAUCCCUCUAUGCCUUUGGUGGCGGUGGACAUGUAACAGACGACUUACGUUAUCUUGAUCUGUCAACUAUGUGCUGGAAGGCACUUCAUAACGUACAAGGCAAGCCACCAUCAAGAAGAUAUGGACAUACAGCAACCAAAUGGAAAGACUCUGUUAUCAUCGUUGGUGGUUGUACCGAUAACCAAGAGUAUUGCAAUGAUGUGUACAUAUUCAAUCUCAAGACGCAAACCUGGCACCGACCUACGACUGUGGGUACCAUUACCAAUCGCCACUUGCAUAGUGCGGUUGUGUUUGAGGAUAAAUUGAUUGUCUUUGGUGGAUUUUCUAAAACUACAGAUUGCACCUAUGUUCUGGAUGAGAUGUGCAUUUUAGAUCUACAUACAAUGACAUGGACAACCCAUCACAAUAUGCCCCCAAGAUACAACCACUCUGCCACGCUUGUAGGAAAUAAGAUGCACAUUUAUGCAGGGAAAGAUGAACAAGGCACAACUGUGUCUGAUUUAUUCGUGAUCCAUCUUCAAAAUGAACCUUAUACUGCUUAUCCGUUAAUUUGUAACGACCAGUUUGAGGAUUUGGGUAUGGUGCUGGCAAAGAGUCAGCAUUUUUGCGACACUACCUGCGGGAAACUAUUCGUAUUUGGAAGAUAUGCGAACAGAAAGCAAUUAGACAAUAAUGAUAAGAACAACAGCAGCAAUAGCAUUAGUAGCGACAAUGACCUCAUUUACGGCCUUUGGAUGCUUGAUCUUGAUACAUUACAAUGGAAAAAACAGGAAUGCAGCAAGCAUUUCGAAGUUGGCGGCUGGAACUAUUUCAUCGUCAUAAGAGAACCAUUAAAUGAUAAAAUAGAGUCCCCUAGGCCACAAGUGUUUUGUAACAGCUUGCUAUUCUUGGGCAACACGGAUUCAAGCAAAUCACACGGCCAUGACCAUUUCAGAGAUGCCUUGACUAUCAAUUGCGAAUCAUUUGGAUUAUACGAUUUAGGAGAGCCUAGGCUACCAACAACCGAACUUCUUAAACUAUUAAAUACACCUGAGCAUUCAGAUUUCUUGAUUCGAACAGGCGAUGGAAAGGAAAUCUACGUACAUCAAGUCAUACUUUUAUCACGCUGGCCACACUUCAAAAACAUGUGUACAUCGGGAAUGUUUGAGUCUGUUACGAAAAUAAUAGUAAUACCAGAACCUUUUGAUGUCGUUAUGGCUUUUUUAAAAUAUAUUUACGGCGAUACCUUGGAUGACUCUGAGCCAUGGCAAGUCUUAUGCGAAUUACUGCUACUGGCUAAUCUAUAUCAACUUCAUCGUCUUAAGAAACUAUGCUGUCAAAGGCUUUAUACACAUCAUAUGUCGAUUGAAAGCUGUGGAUAUAUAUUUGAAAAGGCUAUCAUGACGGAUGAGAUUGGAUUAAAAUGGUUAACACUCAAAUUUAUGUUUCAAAACUAUGGAUCCUUUAUCAAGUCAAACAUAU